GGCCACGCUCGUACAGCUAAUGCGGCCUGACAGUUAAAUGCCCACGCUCACGCCGGCUUUGUCGACCUGCCGACUCUUCCAGCCCAUCCUCUCCGUUUCAUAUUUCCCAUCCGUGCGUUCUUCCCUCGUUUGUCUUCGCCGCUGCUGCAGUCUUCGUUCUCGCCAGCAGCUCAGCGUCCCGACAAACACUCCCACCGCAACCACCAUCACCACCACCACCAAUACUCGCCCGGAUUGCAACUCCCCCACAGUCUGCCCAGCAUGAGUGUCGGCCGCUACUUCUGCGUGGCCCUGCCAUUUGUCCUGACCGUCGCUAGCAUCGUGUGCGUGCUGAUUGCCGGUCUGACUGGAGUCGUCAACAACAACCUCUAUCUUAUGAAGCUCAACCUCACCGAGACCUCCAUCGACGCCACCGAGCUCGCUGCCCUCCUCAACGGCAUCACGGACCUUCAGAACGUCAACCUCAACAACCUCAACAUCAGCGACUCGCAGAUCCAGACCACCCUGCAGAACCUCGAGCAAAACCUCCAGAACCUUCCCAGCAGCGUGAGCAACAGCGUCCAGAACAAGCGCAACACCGGCACCUGGCACGACAGCUCUCUGAUCCAGGAGCUCGGCAUUCCCACGGGCUCCAACGCUGAGACCGCCGCCACCGCCAAGAACAUUACCGCCCAGCAGCUCGGCCUCGCCAACACCUACCAGGUCACCGUCUGGGGCUACUGCGCCGACUGGCCCAAUGGCGUCCACAACUGCACCGCCCCCAGGUUCAACUGGGCCGAGAACCAGCUCAACACCAAGGCGCUUGCCGAGUUCAACAAGCUCGCCGGCAUCAACAUCACCAUUCCCGCCGAGGUUGAGAAGGGCCUGGAUGCGUUCGAGCAGGUGGCCAAGUGGACGCAGAUCAUCUUCAUCAUUGCCUGCAUUGCUCUCGGCAUCGAGUUCGUUGUUGGCAUUUUCACUGCCUGCUCUCGUGCCGUCUCCUGCGUCACCUGGCUCGUGUCCUUCAUUGCCACGGCUGCUGUCAUCGCCGCCGCGGCCUUGAUGACCACUCUCUCUCUUGUCGUUGUCGGUGCUGUCGAGGGCAGCCUGAGCAAGUACGGUGCCAACGCCCACGUCAACACCACCUUCCUUGCCAUCAUCUGGCUCGGUGCCGCCUUUGCCCUCGCCGCCAGCUUCUUCUGGCUCUUCUCCAUCUGCUGCUGCAAGCCCGAGAGCCGCCCCCACAAGUCGCGCUCCUCGCACGCCGACGGCGAGAAGCUCCUGCCGGUUGGUGCCUACCAGCCCAUUGGCGAGCACCACGCCGGCCGCAACAACUACAACUAUGGCGUUCCUCAGCGCGGCGGUGCCCGCUCCGAUCUCGCCUACGAGCCCUACUCGCACUCUAAUGUCUAAAUGGAAGUUGAGAAGUGCCCGAGUAUUCGUACCGAUGAGUACAAGCCAUCAAAGUCUGCAGAUUCACGAGUCUUCCACUGGAUAAGCUUGAGGCUGAGAUGUAGAAUGAUGAAGAAAGGAUAGAACAGCUAUGAUAUGAAUUGCGCUCUUGCAUUUGCCCGGCGUCUAUUGGUUGAUAUUCUGGUUUUAUGAAGGGAUUUGGGAAACGCAACGAGGCACAAGGGAUUUGGACAGACCACAUUUUGUCAAUAAAAACACUUCCACACAA